GCCCCGCGAGGCCCUUUUCAGUCCACUGCCUCCCCGGUUUGGCUUCUCCGCGCAUGCGCGCACACGCGCCUCUACAUCCCGGGAGCCUUCAGUACGGGGUUUAUGUGUUCAACAACAGCGUAACUGAAAUAUGGAAUUUAAUGGAAAUGGGACUUAAAAUACAGCUUUCCUGGGAGAUAGGGAUUCGCGAGACAAACGCCCGACUGCCUUUUUGUUGGUCUUUGUGCGCUGCUGAUGGUAGAUGGUCUCCAGCGAGCUGUAUCUGGCAGAGGAAGACGACGAUUCGGCAAGUAAUAUGAAGGAGAUGAUCGGAGGCUGCUGCGUCUGCUCGGAUGAGAGAGGCUGGGCCGAAAAUCCCCUAGUCUACUGCGACGGCCACGGCUGUAACGUUGCCGUCCACCAAGCCUGCUAUGGAAUUGUCCAGGUCCCCACAGGCCCUUGGUUCUGCAGGAAAUGUGAAUCACAGGAACGUGCUGCCAGGGUGAUUAAAGGGUGGAGGGGGAGAAAGCCGAGCUGGCAGACCCCUGAAGGAGGAGGACAGUCCACCACCUGUAACAAAGAGGAGGAGGACAGCAGACUGAGCAGAAGUUUAAAAACUUUGAACAUAGUGAGGUGCGAGCUGUGUCCCCACAAAGAUGGAGCACUGAAACGGACAGAUAAUGGAGGUUGGGCCCAUGUGGUUUGUGCUCUUUACAUCCCAGAAGUGGAGUUCGCCAAUGUAUCCACCAUGGAGCCCAUUGUGCUUCAGUCUGUCCCCCAUGAACGUUAUAACAAGACAUGCUACAUCUGUGAGGAACAGGGUCGUGAGAGCAAAGCUGCUUCUGGAGCCUGCAUGACAUGCAAUAAACAUGGCUGCCGACAGGCCUUUCAUGUCACAUGCGCUCAGUUAGCUGGGUUGUUGUGUGAAGAACAGGGUUCAGAUGCUGACAAUGUGAAAUACUGUGGAUACUGCAAGUACCAUUACAGCAAACUGAGAAGGAGCAAAGGCCGUGGUAGUAGGGCUCAAAGCUUAAGUGAUUCUUCUACUCACUCUUUGGAUAAGCACCAUGACACGGAAAAGAAGAAGCAUAAAGAAAGAGAUCGGCAUAAACCGAAGCACAAAAAGUCUUUGGAACUGUCGCCUUCCCUGGUGCCAGCGCUGAUGGUGACAUCUGAGAAGAGUUUCAACAACAACAACAACAGCAGUGGCGGAAGUGUCUCCUCCAUCUCUUCCACUCAGAAGCGACUGGACGACAGCGGAGCCCGUUUCACUAAUGCCAACUUUCAGGAAGUUCCACCUCACUCCAGUUCCAGCUCCAAAGAUGGUGGCUCCUCUGAUGGCAAGAGCUCGGACAGUAAAAGCAAGAAAUCCAGCCACAGCACUAGCUCAAGCUUGGGUUCACGGGGCCGCAAAUCUGCGCCAGGCAAACCCCACGGCCCUGUGGUCACCACAGCCACUUCAUCCACGGCCCCUUCCUCAACCAGUCCUUUUCAGCAAGGUCAUUUAUUAGGAAGCAGCAGCAGCAAAUCAGCCACCAGUGGGUCCGUGGUUCAGCCCACGUCUGAUUUCCUCAGCUUCUCCGAUCCCAGCUUGAGGGCUGGCGACUCGUAUACGGCUCCAUCCUUUGGUCGCUGCCACAUGAAGGGUGGUGCAGAAAGCGGAGCUUCUGAAAGCAUGGUUGCUCUCAACACCUUCAGCAUGAUGUCUCUUCCCCAAAGCUCCAGCUCCAGCUCCAGCAAGCAUUAUGAAAACUGUCACACGACUGGGGAGCUGGGCAGCCUAGCCUCAGCCGGCUACAAACGACCACAGCCCUCCUCGUCCUCUUCUUCCGCAACAUCGUCUUCAUCUACUGGCGAGGAUGGAGUAAAGAAGAAAAAGCGAGGGAACUGGAGGAACCGAUAUGGACCUUGCUUCACCACCCAGGACAGUAAAACCACUGAUGCGGGAGACCACGUAUCCACAAUGCCCUCAUCUACUUCCCCUUCGCCAUCCUCUAUGAGCAACAUGGUCUGCCGCGGGAGCACUGUCAGUAGUACUGCAAGUGUAGGAGCAGUGGGUGCUGGUAGCAGUAGUCUGGGGAUUCAGAAGUCCCCGUCCCUCCUCAGGAAUGGAAGCUUACAGGGUAUGACUGUCAGCUCCCCACCUGCUGGACCAGGGUCGUACCCCAGCAGCAGUGAUGUAGCCUGUCCUUUGCCCAGCGCGGUGCUCGGAGGGUCUUUGCCCACAUCAAACUCUGAGUUGCCGGCUCAUCAGUCAGUUGUUGUCACUUCUAUGCCCACACUGACGUCACUGCCCCCGGCUGCCCCGUUCACAAGCACCCCAUCCACACACGCAAACUCGCUACCGGGAUCCUUUAACUUGGCGCCAUCUCAUAUGUUCGGAAACCGACUGAAUCCAAACUCCGCCAUGGCUGCACUGAUCGCUCAGUCUGAGGGCUCCCCAGCAGAUCAGGAGCUGGGAGACGGAGCUCUCGGCUUCUCCAGAAGAGGAAACUCACCAAAGACAAACCUCUCCCCUCGGUCUCCGCUGAGUGGGCUUCAUAUACGGUAUGAUGCAGGACCGAUGGUUCUAGGGCUCGGAUCUGGUUCGGAUACGCUGCCCCCUGCGGCCACCAGCAUUGACCAGCUGCUGGAACGCCAGUGGAACGAAGGACAGCAGUUUCUCCUACAACAGGGUUCACAAGGAGAUGUUCUGGCAAUGCUGAAGUCCCUGCACCAGCUGCAGGUAGAAAACCGGCGCUUGGAGGAGCAAAUCCGAACUCUCACCAUGAAGAAGGAACGACUGCAGCUCUUAAGCGCUCAACUCUCUGUGCCUUUCACCCCUGCAAGCACCACGGCUACCACUGCAUCCUCUCCAAUGUACCCCAGCAACACUCACACAGACAUGCUGCACAGCAAGAGCAUUCAGCUAGGCAGUGUUUUAACAGAGUCCUCUCAACCCUUGCCCACUCAGGAUCCCCUGUCUGGUGGCCAUAGUAGCGGAAGCAGCACGUCGUCUCUCUCCACCCCUCCGUCUGCAGCCCACAGCCCACCCCAGCAGCAGGUGAACGGAGUCGGCAUGGCCGGGGUGCCCGUCCAGCCUGGCAAUGCCAACUCGUCCCUGCCUGCCAUAGCCGGGGUGACUGGUCUGAUGGGUGCUCUGCAGGGCAGCCACAUGGCCAUGAGUGGCAUCGUGGGUGCCAUAAACGGAGUAAUCCAAACCUCCCAAUCCAGCCUGACCCAGAACAGCAGUCCCCUGCCCCAUUCAGCAGCAGCUUCCAGCACAUCUCUGCCCAUGUCCAGCAUUCUCACUAACAGCAGCAUGUCUACAACGAAAACUAGGCUUUUCACUGAACAACACAGGCAGAUUCUCCUCCAUCAGCAUCAACUACAGCAGCGUUUUGGCUCCCAGCAGGCCACACCGGAACAGCAGCAGGUUCUGCUCUAUCAGUUAAUGCAACAACAACAGCAGCAGCAGCAGCAACAACAGCAGCAGAAUGACAUUCAGCUCCAGCAGCUGCCAAUCAACAGCCUCCUGCCCGGCAAUCAGCCAACCACCAGCACAAACCCCUUCCUGGCCCACCACAAUGACAACAACACUCCUAAAACUGGAGUUAAUACUGCAGCCAUCAAACAGGCUAAAAGACUGGGGGAGAAAGCUGUGUCUGUGACAGGACAAGAGAAAACCUGAUGCGGAAAGCAACAUUUCGGGGAGGUUCUGCCUUCUGGAUCCCUUUCAUCUGCUCACCCCAAGAGGCUGGCAAUCUGAGCGGCAAAGACCAGAACACUUACCCGCCACACGAAACCCUCACUAGCACCAGCCUUCAUAUAAACACACACACACACACACACACACACACACACUUGCCAGUUUGAUGCCCAUCUGGCAAACAACAUGCUGCACUGAGUUUGUGGAAAUCACUUGCUGUAAACUUAUUGGGUCCCAUGAGGACCAAAACACACAGACACCCACACCCACACACACCCUGCCAGUGUGUUGAAAAUGACACGCUGGUGCAAGUCUCUGUGGGCGGAAAGCGUAAACCGAUGGGACUGAAGGAUGGAGACGCUUCUGGAACAAUAUCUGCUCACCGCUGUUACCUCUCUACACCCCUUUAACAAUAAAAGCCCUGUCUUAUUCGUCUAUCUGUGUGUUUCAAGGCGUCAAACGUUUCAAAGCUGAAGCGAUCAGACAUUUGUGCACCACAAAGGCCUUCUCUGCCUCCUGAUCUUGAGCUUCCCCUUUGAGGAGGUGUCCCAAAUGUCCACUGACCCUGCUGCACUCUUCCAAGAGCAACUACCUCUCAUAGACCAGGCCCUGAACCCAAGUGCCUGGCCCCGAUCUCCCAGCUCUCAGCGAGGGGCCGUGCGGGCCCUGGAGACGCUGCCAGACUCUGGAAACCCCCGUUUUAUUUCCUCCAGUCUAUCGUUUUUUUUUUUCUUUUUGGUGGAAUGAAUAAAUCCUAUUCGGCGUCGCUCAGGCAAUACCAGUUCAGAGACAGAAUCUCUGCCUGUACAGUGACUACUCUGAAAAAAAAAAACGAAAGAAAAACUCAUUUUGAAUGUUUGUGCUGCAUUGAAUACUUUGAAGCCAACUUUGUAUUGUUCCUUUUUUAUUUAUUUGCAUACGUUGCUUGUUGGGCGCAAGGUAAAAUAUUUUAACACUCAACUGGCGAAAUGUUUUAUACUACUGUACAAACUUCUCAAUCAUUUUGAUGAACAUGUCUGGUGUUUGAAGGUAUAAGAAAAUGAAAAAAAUCCUACUUGAGAAUUUUGUGGUUUUGUAAAUAUCUGUUUUUUUUUUUUCUUUUCCUCCUUUUCGUUGCGAUGUAAAUCUACAGAUGCAUAUUGGAUUAUUGGAUUAAGAAUAAGCUGUCAGAAUAAAUAAGACUUAGUUUAGCACACUUUUACCUCUUUUUCUGUUGUAAAUACAUAUUUGUGAUUUCACUUGGUGGUGUAAAGGACCGUUUUAAAGCACUGUCGGUGUGUUCAGAUCUUUUUUUAAACAGGCUUUCAACAAGACUGGUGACUGGAUAAUGUCUAUUAAUUUAUUUUUAUAUGUGCAGGGACUUUUUCUUUUCUUUUGCACCAUUUUAUUGAUGUGGUUUUAUACGUUAUAGAUGUGGUAUGUCCACCUUCUCAUGUAUUUGUACAGAAAUUAUGCAAAAUCUCUAAAGUUUGUAUUUAAAACAUCAAAAGUGAAACCACACAAGUCCUGCUUCAUAUUAAGAAAUUUUGAACACUGAGAUUGUAGUGAUGAACUUUUUUCAGUGAUAAAAUCUGAUUAUAACA